AUGUCUCAUAACGAAGCGGGAUCGAAUGCCACUGCGCAUCGUCCAAAAAGCUCAUCUGUACUCGCCCCCGGAGACAUUGAAGCUGGAGCCGAGACUCCAAGCAGCACUACUCCCCCAACACAAACACCUGCCCCUAUCCCAUCCCGCCUCGUCCAAGCCGAAGCUCUCCGCUCCGAAACCUCGACUCCCAGCUCCACGACCGAAAGCCAGAUCCUAUCCCAUGCGGCACGAGCACACCAAUUCGUGACUAACCCGCCCCUCACGGUAUCACAGCUGCACGGCACAAAUCCGCUCCACCAAUUUCACACCUGGUUCCGUGACCCGCGGUUGCUGGCGAGCUCGGCGCCCGAGACUUGUACGCUCGCUACGGCUGAGCUCCCAUCUGGUCGGGUCAGUGCGCGGACGGUAUACCUCAAAGAGCUUGAUGAGCGCGGGUGGGUCGUGUAUAGUAACUGGGGGAGCCGGGAGGGAAAGGGCGGGCAGGUAUUCGGUCGACAGGCGGUAACGGACGGCCAAGACACGCCAGACACAAUUCCCGAGCCUGGCAAUGAGACACAGCAGGGGUCCGACGUGGGCAAUAAAUGGGGUGCAUUGACGUUCACUUGGGCGAGUACGGAGCGGCAGGUUCGCGUGGAGGGUAUGCUGGAGCCGCUUCGUCGGGAGGAGAGUGAGUUGUACUGGCGCACGCGGGAGCGUGGCAGUCAAAUCGGAGCGUGGGCUAGCUGGCAGAGCCGUGUACUCUGGUCUGCUGAACCAGCUCGGUUGGCUGAGCGCCAGCGGCGCCAGAGCGUGGCUAAGCUACAAGCUUCUGCGGGAUCCUUGGGUGCUGAUGUCCCCGCCGAUAUUGACCUGACGGAUAUCGAUGAUGGACGGGCAUUGCUUGAGCAACGUGUCCGGGAGGUUGAAGAGCGAUUUGCGGGUAUCGAGGAAAUUCCUCUUCCUCCUUUCUGGGGUGGUGUUCGACUGGUGCCAGAGUCGGUUGAGUUCUGGCAGGGCCGGCGAAGUCGAUUGCACGAUCGGUUCCGCUAUGUUCGAGUUGAGGGUGAGAAUGAGGAUGCUAAAUGGCGCUCUGCGAUGUCUUCCUCCAACACACAAACGCAACCUUCAAAGGGUACCUCAUGGAUUCUCAUCGCAGUGGCUAGUGGCGCAUUCGCCGCCCUGAACGGCCUCUUCGCAAAGCUCACAACGGAUACACACACCACCGCAUUCGCCCAAUCCAUCGCCCACCUAUUCGGUCUCGAGUCCUCCGAUUUCCUAGAACUCCUGGUUCGCGGUCUCUGCCUCGGCCUCAAUGUUCUCUGCAACAUCAUCAUGUGGGCCCUUUUCACUCGCGCCCUGACAGCCGGCCCCUCCACGACAAAGGUCUCUAUCACAAAUACCUCGGCCAAUUUCUUGAUGACCGCGUUGUUGGGGAUGGUUAUCUUCCAGGAGAAGGUGGGUGGGCUGUGGUGGCUUGGGGCUGCGAUGAUGGGCGCCGGGUGUAUCUUGGUCGGGAUGAGAGAGGGGGCGUAG